AUGACUGUCCAUCUGCCCAACAUCGAGUGCAGACCUAACAAAGAAGAGACUUCCGGUUCCCGUGUGGUGGGCGGACAAGCAGCCGAUGUCGGGGAAUGGCCGUGGCAGGUGUCUAUACAGUUCUACUACAGUAAUUCCUGGAGGCACAUUUGUGGGGGCACCUUGAUCCGUCAGAAUGUGGUACUCACAGCGGCACAGUGCGUCUCUGGUCUAAGUUUGUCGUCCCUAAGAGUAGCAGCUGGAAUGUCCAAAAUUUCAGAAGGUGGAAUGACCUCGGGGAUUUCUAAAGUUACUGUGCAUCCCCAGUUCGCAGGCAGUUCCCCAGGAUUACCUAACGAUAUAGCCGUAGUGGAGUUACAGACACCAUUUCUAGUGGGCGGAUCCAUUCAGCUCGCCACUCUACCAUCCAGUAAGACAGAAGAUUUCUCCAACCUCGCGGACUGCUGGAUGACGGGAUGGGGCAAAACAGCUGGCAGCGAUCCUAGUAAUUCAGACGCUUUGAUGGAGGCCCAGGUGACAAACAUUAUGAACACCCAGUGCGUGAACCAGUGGACCGGUAUAAAUGGCGUCACCAUUCUAGAUUCUCAUCUCUGUACUUUUGAAUUGGGAAAGUCUUCCUGUAGUGGCGAUAUAGGUGGUCCAUAUGUCUGUAUGAAGGACGGAGUUUAUAAGCUGGCAGGAAUCAUGUCUUGGGGGAUCAAUACUUGUAACGGAGAGUAUCCAAGCGUGUGUGUCCGUGUGUCUCAUUUCCUGGACUGGAUUACCAUAUCCAUUUGAGGAACUUUGGAAGCAUUGAAAAGUAAUAAAGCAGAAAGAAAAAUCGUAUUGGGUUUAUGCCUUGCUUUUUGAUGCACUUUAAUCGACAGAUUUUCAUUCAUUAACAAAAUGUGUUUGUGAAACACU